AUGGUUCUUCCGUCGCCUUCACUUCCCUUCGACUCGCUGAUCUCGCACUCCCUCUUCUGUGCCCUGACGUGUUUUCCCUCCGUUUACAGGAUUAUUUGAGAAUGAUCAACCCUUCUCAGCUGAUGGUCGAGCGAGGCUCGAAUCUGGUCGUCAUAAACCCAGGUGCCAGGACCUCAAUGCCCGCUUAAUCUUGGCACAAUGUCUUAUUGGGUUUGGUGUGCAGCUGGGUUUUUUUCUGGAGAGUCGCUAAGUUCGUCUGCGAGGUUUUUAUGCUUUCCGGCGUGAACUAUUUUGUUCGGCGAAUUUAGACGUGCGAAGGCGGGGAAACUAUUUUUCCUUCAUUUGAUUUUUUUUUGCGUUCCAUUCUUCCGUUGCCUUCGGGGGACAAGUUUCUUGUGACCCUGCCACGUACCAUUUUUUCACCUCAGUUUCCAUUGUCUGUGCCGAAGGUUCUGCAAAUGUUCGUAUAGGCUUGGCUGGGGAACAGACGCCUUUCAACGUUCCCCACUGUAUUGCGCGGCACCUGAAGGGAUCCCAGGCGUCUGACUUUACAAUGAUAGAUCAGGUAAAGUCAUCAUUUUCUAGCUUUCACUUUUACGACGGUGUAGUGCAUUAUUAAUGCCAUAUGUCAAUUAGUCGACCCUUUUCGUUUUUUCUUCAUCGUGUGGUACUGUCUGACAUUUGUUUUCAGCCUCUAAACCCCCAGACAACAUAUGCUCAAAAAUUUGAACGUGAGGAGGUUUACAAAAGUGUAAGAAAAAGCUGAAUUCUUUUUCAGGUUUUUUUUCCACUUCGUUUUAACUAUAUAAUAAUCUGUAGAUUGCGUCGUCAAUGAAUGUUCGUUUUAUUGAUGAAGACGCGGAGGACAGCCCUUUUCCACGCAAGGUACACUGAGCUGCUGACCUGGUAGAUGAUCAUUUGAGCUAUUCUGCUGGCAGCUGUCAGCAGUACUAUUUUUAGUAAGUUUGCUCCAUAUGGUUAAGGAAAACAGCAUUCGACUAAUGUUGAGCAGUACUAAUAUUUUCUCUUCAUAAUGAGGAAUAAGAAGCAAUUAAGAAAUGAAGAGAGAACGUUGAGUUUUUUGAUAUAUUUUUCUCUCUAGUCAUGUCGUACACCCUCGCUUAAAAAUGAUAAUUCCGUGAAAAUGUGAUAUGCCUAAUUAUUCUCAUCAUAACCCAAUGCAUUCUUUCUGUACCCCAAUGUUCUUCAUAAAACAAGUUGGACAGUGGAGGCGUGGAUAUUGAAGCCCAAUAGCUAGUAUCAUGUUCCCCAAUAGCUGGGGGAAACCCUUGACUUAGUAGUAGCUUAUACAAAAUGUCAAUUGGCAAACAAAGGGUGUGAUAGACACUCAGAAAUUCAUACCAGUCAGAAAAUAAAUAAUAUAUAUAUAUAUAUAUAUAUAUAUAUAUAUAUAUAUAUAUAUAUAUAUAUAUAUAUUUGAAUGUGAAUGUGGGGCCCAACCUGACAAAAUGGAAUAUAGCAAACUGAGUUAUUUAAAAGGAGGAAACUGACUCAUUUGAAACUUCUUGUGCAUAUCUUGGUCUCACCAGUUCUUGGCAAAUAUACCAUGGGAACAUUGUGAAGAUCAAAAAAAAGGUUGAGUUAUUUAAAUCAAAGAAAAUAAAAAAACAUGAAUCCUUCAAGACUGGGAUAAUUUGUUUUGAAUUGGCAAACAUUCCCUGAGCUCUGUUUUCUGACAGCUGAAUCGUUAUGUAGAAUUCAUUCAACUUUCUUGGGGCAUAAUACCAGACUUUGAUUAGAUGUUAACUAGUUAGAAUGUGCCAGCCUCUGCUUCAACUUUUAAUCAUUCAGCAUUUUAAGGUUAGAUGUGCAUUCUCUUUUUUGAUUAUCAAAUGAUUAUGGGGUAAUAUUCACUUUCAGAGAUAAAAAGAAAAUCUUUAUAAGUUAGAGGUGUUUGGAACUGUGAGGAAUAGUGAUAUUCGAAAUAGAUAUAAGAAAAACCCUUCCUGUGAAAAGCAAUCAUCGAUGUACUGUAAAUCUAUGACAUAUUCUUAGAUUAUGUGCUCAGCUGUACUGUCAAACGCUGUGUGUGUUUUACUACAUGCUUACAUGUAACUAAGUGUGCAGAUGGGACGUGUUGAUGGGUACAAUACUCAAAGCAACAAAGUGAAUGUUGGUUUCAAUUUAACUGAUGUGAUUGAAAAGAAACGCAGAUCAUCAUUCGCUGAAGGUACAUGCCAAGUUUAUCCUUCACAUUUUGGUCUGGUAACUGCUUAGUUGUUUUUGAUAUGCUUGUUAAAUUUUUUCCAUAUUCAUCUUCUCUAUUCAUUGCUUUGGGGCUUAUAAUUUUAUGUUCUUUUUCACUUUGUGUUUACAGAUUUUCUUUUUAUGUUUUAUAUAGUUCCCAAACUUUUAUUCCCAAAUUGAGUUUUAGUUUCCUCCACAUGUCAGGACCACUCUGUUGGUCCUCUAUUUAAAGUAAAUGGUUUCUUAUACACCUCUUGUUGCAUUCUUUGUAGAAAAAAGUUAUCUUAUUUUGUCUUUCUUCUAGCACUACGAAUGUAAUAGUUCAUAUCUAUUUAUGUCUAAUAAAUAUUUUUAAAUUUAUAAAAAUCCCCUAUUCCAUUAAAAUCUUCGUAUGAAUCUGUCCUUCGAAUUGUUUACGAUGAAGUCAGCACAAAAAAAAAAACUUCUCUAUAGAUGUUUACAAUAAACAUAUUGCUCAGAUAAAAUUACUUAUCUUGGUUUGAUCUGAUUCGAGUGCCAUCUUUUACCUCUGGAGCCAAUCGAUCUUUUUAUAUUUGACAUAUAAUGAAACGUAAAAGCCCACUGAUCAGAACUCGUUUGACUUUUCAAAUGAGCAAUGCGGUAGUUAGCCAGUUCCUUGAUUUUCAGAUUCUCACCUUAACUAAUGGGUGCCUUAGUCUGCUUUAGUCAGCGUAGUAAUGCUGUUAUUCUCUCGCAAUAUCUCAACAUCUAAUUAUUUCUUCAUAAAAGAAUAAGAUUUUCUCUGUAGAGGUGACACUAUGAUCUGCAUUUCAUUUUUCUGUCCUACAAUGUGCUGUUUCUAACUAUAUGUUUCCUAAAAUGCUGCAGAUAAUAGCGUUAAAGAGGGUGAAUCAUUGGAUCUUUCCACAAACGUUGAUGAUAUUGAGGCCCAGCCUGAUGAAGACAUCUAUAAGGAAUUUUUCUGUGGGGAGGAUGCUCUUAGAAUUUCCUCAAAUGAGCCAUAUCGUUUAUGUCGACCUAUUCGUCGAGGCCACUUCAAUGUUUCUCAGCAUUAUUCUUCCCAGCAGGUACUGUAUAUCUUAGGUCCCAGAUUUAAUGAAAAUCAUCAGAACAUCUUUGAUACGUUAAGAACACAUAUCUUCUCUUAUAGAUAUGUAGACACUCGAAAAUAUGAGGAUACCAAUUUUGGAGAAUCUCUUCAUACAUUCAAAUUGAUGCCUAUACUAGUCUGAAAUUUUAUUCACAAAUUGAUGAUUGUCUCCUUUCUAGGUUUCUGAGGAUCUUUUUACUAUUUGGAACUGGGUGUUGAGUGAAAAACUACAGAUUCCAACAGCUGAUAGAAAUCAAUAUUCCGUCAUCCUUGUUGUGCCCGAAACUUUUGAUAGCCGUGGUAUAAAUUCUUCUCGACCCAAAAAACCCUAAUGUCGGUUCUUUUCAUGAAUAUACUGUUCUUCGAUUCUUCAAAAUGCAUGUUCUGUCAUUCUGCGCUCGCAUGAGAGUCCUCUUUGAUUAUGUGCGAAUUACAGUGCCCACAUUUCUUUUGCAAGAUUUUUUGCAAAAAAAAAAUCGAAAAAAAAGAAAAAAGGGAAUGGCUGUCUUAUAAUGCCCCCCAGUGAAGCCAGAUGUCUGCUGCCUGAGCAAAGAAGCUCACAAACAAAGGGGAAUGAAAACCACAGCAUCCUCACGGAAGAAAAGGGACAUGAAUAGGUCCUACUAUCGUCAUCCUGAGAACGGGAAUGAGACUCCAUUGUUUGCUUGGCAGAGGGAGGUGUAAAAAUGGUUUGAAUGGAAUGUAAAGCUUUGGUUUGGCAGGGUGGGCAUUUCAUCCCUCCUCUGUCAUGGGAGAAGUGGAGAGACAGAACUCAAGAAAGCCUCCAAAUUCAAGAACUGUGGCCGGAUCAUUUAGGUCCUUGUCCAGGUCCUGAGACUUAUAUACAAGGAGGCUACUCAUCCCCUAAAGGUCCUUAACACGUAACAUACCAAUUGUAUGGGGAGAUUGUCUCACUCAUCCCAGCAGAUGAGAAUCUGCUCAAUAUCAUUCUUGAUUGUUUAUCCAUUUAAAUAAGCCCAAACGCAGACCCAUUUCAAUAAGUUCAAUGAAAGUAGGCCCAAACCUACUGGGCAAUUAGGAUCUAAACUUAAUGCAUCUAAACUCAAUGGUCUAUUUGGAACCAAAAUUUCUUGGCCAAUCACAGUUAGAAAAGUGAACUCAGAUCCAAAGGACUAUGAAGAAUUGGAUUUCCUUACUAUGUUCCAUGCACAUGGGUCUAAAGACCUUGUUUAGAAGUCUAGUCUUGUAGUAAUAACCAGACGCUAAUGAGUUUCAAAUGUGCUUCCAACAGUCAAUUUUAUCUGGAAAUUUCUGUGUGAAGCCAGGGUUUUUCUCCUUUCAUUUUUUGUGGACCAGGUGCCAAAUGUUAUUUAUUUCUGGCUUUCACUUAAUGAUCUCAUUGGAAGACAAAUUGAUGAUUGGCUAACUGCUUGACUGAAGCCGUCGCCAAUAACUUUUAUUUUUUAAACCACCUUGACGUGUGACUCUCAGGUAGAUUCCAGUUAAUCACUGUCAUGACUCUCUGGUCUAUUGUUGGUCGAAAUACUUGUCUAGACCUCUUAGAUUUUGACUGUUCGGUGAAGAAUAAAGAUUGGCGAAAAAAUGUUCAUGGUGGCUCUAACUGCGCGUUCCUUUCUUUUCUUUUCGUACAUAAUGAAUAAUUUUGUUCGUUUGGUACAUAAUGUGACACGAAAAAAGUUAUUCUACUUCUGUGCGCGCAAGUUUCAGUGGUUGUUUUUUCUACCAGAAAUUAGAGAAAUGCUUUCAGUUGUAUUGCGUGAUUUAAAGUUCAACUCAGCAGCUGUACAUCAGGUUUGUGGAAAACUCUUGGUACUUUUUAAAGCAUUUGACAUUCAUUGUAUAUUGUAAAGAAAUUGGAUGUGAAGGAAUAGAUUGACGAUCAUGUAAAUUCAUUUCUUGUUUAUUUAAACCGUUUCAUGCACUGCCCAAGUAUCCUAGCAUCAGAAUUAGCAUCAGGACUUUGUAUUGAAAUGUGCUUCUCUGAAAUCGCAUUGGAUCAAUCAGUGGUAGUGCCUGAACAAACCUGGACAAAAUGAUUACUGCAGACGAUUAUCUUUUCUGUCAGAUCUUCUUGUUGACAAGGAAAACUGGAGGUUGAGCCAGAUAAACUUUAAGAGCACAUCGAACCUAUGGCUACCUCUUGCCAUUUCUCUGGCCCAAGGAUAUGUGAUCAUAUUGUUUUGCUUUAUCUUCUCCUAAACAAAAUAACGAAAAUGAACCAAAGAAAACGGAGAUGAGAUGGUUAGACGAAGAAGACUCCUAUUAAAUUAAGUGCAGUCCUUCGUAGGAGGAGAAGAACUACUUAAGUGACUGUUGAAUCAAAUACUCUAUGUUAGUGAGGGAAGAGGCAUCCAUGGAUAACAAUGCGUUGACUUCUCCAUGAUUGAUCUUGUAGGUAAAUAUAUCUAUCCCCUUAACACACGAUUAGAGUUCUAGCUUCAAUGUUGACAUUUAUUUUGUAUUUUCAAUGUCCAUCCCCUUGAUUCUCUUUGUCUUGUCAAAAAACAUUUGACUCAUUGAUACUAGUUUAUCAUUAUGCUUAUCUAAUGAUAGUAUGAUACCACACUGGCUUUUAAAAAAACCUUAGACUUGUAUCCUCUUCGUCCAGAAUAUUUACAUACCCUAUAUAUGGGUUGGCGAAAUCAUUUUGGCCUAUUGUUGAAUUAUCAGUUCGCCCCAUCAUUAGGUCUUCUUCUAGCUUUCUAUUAAAAAGACAAAUCCUGUUCCUCUCGCACCAGCUUUCAUAGAAUAUGGGUGCUAUGUUCAACUCUCUAGUUUUCUUGACUACCUUCAAAGAAAACUUUUUUUUUCCUUCUCUAAGUGAGAGUUUUCUGAACUAAGGUCAAGAGAGAAUCCUGAUCGUCUCUUGAAGUUUUUAUAGAUAACGGAAAAAUAGCCCGGAAUCGGCCAUUCUGACUUUGAUUUGCCAGUUUCAUGCCUGUCUGACAGGUUUAGGUGUUAAUUUUUAUAAUGAAUGUUAAUAUGGGUGCGUGCUUUUACAGUUAAAAAUAAACUCAGCUUUUAAAUACCAUUUUUUUAAUUUUUUUUUAUUCAAUCAGCUGCUUCCUUCAGAUUGCUUUCUUUCAAAAUGCUGAUUCAAAGCCGCUUGAGGUAGCACACAUCUAUUCUGGGUUUCCAUCCCUAUUGUUCUUCAUCCUUGUUGUCUAACAACAUCUACAACCUCUACCUCUAUUUCUUGGACAGAGGCCAUGCGCCUUUGAGAAUUCUUUAUAACAGUGUUUGAUGAGGAAGCCACUUGAGUCUUAUUCGACAUUCCCUCAUCAAUUCAUGAAAAUUCGUUGCAGAAUAAUAUGACAUGCUGGGCAACCAUUACUGGAAGCUUGCUCUCCUUGCGAAGUCAUUCCUAUUCCUCCAUCCUGGACGCAGUUUAUCUCACAAGGCCAUCUACAGAUAGAUUGAAAAGUUGGAAAAUACAAUUAGAUAUUCCUGAUUCUGAAACUGAUUAUAACUCUUAGCUAACUCAGAUCCCACUCGCAUGUGGUUAUACCCCGCUUUCAGUUGUCAUGUGUAUGUGCUAUAUCCAUUAUAAUUUCAUUUGCAGUACACUACUGGAACCAGUGCUGGUUCAGAAAUACACAAGAUAAUAAAUAUUCCUCAUUAGGUUAACCAUUAUAACUCUUUGUUAUAGUACCGGUUCAUCAAUUAGUCUUUAAUAUCAAGCACUCAACAAUUGAUUGUAGAAAACUAAUCUUCAAUGAAGAGAACAGAACGAAAACUCUUAUAUCAGGGGCAAUAAACAAGUUAGCGUUUGAUCCCUUAAAGUCACGAAAGAUGCUAUAAAGCAAAUAUGCAAUGUAAGAACAGUAAAAGGACAACUCUUCCAUCUGGAGUAAUAAAAAAAUUAGAACAAAAGACGAGCAUCUGAUCUCAAACAAAAACAGAGAUGCCUCAAAGGUAGUGUGCAAGAAAAAAAUAAUAGAACAGGAGGAACUCUUCUGUCAAGAGUAUAAAGAACAAAUGAUAGGGCACAUGAAAUCGAAAGGAAAACUCUAACUGGAGCGUUUGCAUUUAGAAGCACUAUCAUAAGCUCUAAAGCUGCGGAGUGUCUUGAGAUAUUAUAGGGUUAUCCUAAUGCCUUCAGAUCAUCAUAGAAAUCUUUCUACAAGACUUAAAUUUCAAGAUUCCUUCCCCUGCUUUUCUCAUGAAGAGCUCCUAUCGUUCAGCACUCAAAGAAUCAUCCUCACCCUAAGAAUCCUAUGGCCUAUUGAGGCGAGCCAAUCCUUUCCUGGGUUAACUGAAAAAAACAAAAAAAAUUCAGUCUCCAGCCUAACACAGUAUACAUCAACCUUAGAUCAAUGUACCUCAAUUUUAAGGUUUCAUUUGUCUCGAAAUCCACAUUAUGCGUGCUUUAUGAUUCAAAAUAGCUGGCGGUUUUAAUCAUCAAAAUAAUUCAGUGGUUCAAUUUGUUUAAUUAAUUUUUUUACAAAUUAUUCUUAUUUCCCCACAAGAGAUCUUCCUGUUUGGGUAAUGCUCAGAUGUCAGAAAUAAGGAUUUUAUUUUCUUUCAUUUAGUUUAAUUCAGGUUGACAUAAAAUUUUCCAUUUUCCCCUCUAAAGUUCAUGCUCUUCUAAGUCAAUAAUGACGCUGCUUGCUUCACACAUGCUUCAGGAAGGUUUUGCUGCUACAUGUGGAAACGGAUUGGCUACUGCAUGUGUUGUGAAUUUGGGUGCUCAAGUAACAUCAGUUAUCUGUGUUGAGGUAAGUUUAUUCAAAACGUGAAAAAUUAAAGGCUCAUGAUCCUUUGGAUUCAUCUGCACUUGGAAACUUAGGUUAGAGGAAGUCCCAAAUUGUGAAGAAAAUUGCAUGCUAUACCCCCGAGUACAUAUCUCGAACAAAUUUCUAUUUCAAGGCUAUUGUGCAAUGUGUUUGCACUUCUGUAAUUAUGGAACGUUACCUCUUAACCAAGAUAUUAAUGUUGUAUAAUUUUUGUUGACACUGGAUAUCUGUGUGUAAUAUCUAGUUACCAAGUUCUGUUUUUUUUUGGUUUUUUCAAGUUUCUGUAUUAUAUGAUUCACAUUAUGAGGUCAGAGAGGGGUCCCUCUGACUUAUAUGAUUCAUGGCCAAACUAAGUUUUUUGCUAUCUCAUGCAUAUGGAUCAACAUAAUAAAUUCAGUGUCAACAAUGUGAUGUGAACUAUUCCUUACAGGGUUGACUAUGACAAUUGACUCAGAGACAUGGGAGUGAAACCAAGGCUUGUGCCUAAUGAACCACAAUAGUUCUUUGUUUUUAUUGUCUUGUGAUCUUUAAACUUAAGUUAUUUGCGUUGUCUAUUGUAACGUGAAUAAGCUUGACUUAGCCUAAAUAUUCAAAUCCCAAUCCUCUUCUUAGCUUUCAUCUUGUUCAUGUUGUUUAUGGUAUAUAUGUGGGAUGCUUUUAUGAUAAUUAUGAUAGCCUUUCUCAUUUUGUUGCUGCUGUGUUUAACUGUUUUCUCUUGAUGCUCUGUGAUUUACAUAAUAUCAGUACUUAUUGAUCUACUUCUGUCUCGUUAGUAUUUAUAUCUUCGAAAUAUUUGAUGGUCUUAGACGAGGUUGUGAAAAUAAGGCUAUGACUCAGUUGUUUUUGGCUCUACCUCUAGGAUGGCGUCGCUAUGCCUUCUACAAGUGUAAUCGUGCCUUAUGGUGGAGAGGUAGAAACUUACAUUUCAUUGUUAUGCAGCACCAACUUAAUUUUUAAAAAAUUGAGUGCAAAUCAGCUCUUUUUUUUCUUUCUUUAGUUUUUCCACAUUAGUUUGAGUGCAAAAAUUUAGUGCAAGUCCUUCAUAUUCACAUUAAUUUUUCUGCGUCGACUUGAUUAUAUAUUGAAGUAAGAAUUCCCUACUAUCCAUUUGUUUCCAUUUUGUUCUCUGGAGCUCUGUCAUCUGUAGUGACCUAAAAGUGAUUUAGUGAUUAAAACAGAAGGUCAGCAUACAACUUGAAAUUGGACUCUAACCUGGUUGCAUAACAGAUGCUAUAGAAAAGAAACCUGUAUUCAAAUCCCGAUUUCAUGAUGAUUGGUGGGUCAACCUCAAAGAUAGAAUGUGCUGCAAGUCUUAGGGGCAAUCAACAUAAGCUAGACACUCAUCACCCCAUCUGAGAAGAUAACUGCACAUACACUCGUUUGUUCAAGAAGAUACUGCCAUCAUGGCAGGGCUGAGAAGAGUAGAUUCUUGUGUAGACAGUCAUCGGUCUUGACUUACAUAGGGAUGAUUAAAAUUUGACCACAAUUGUGGUUCAUUUACCUCACAGACAUGCCAUGUCCCUCUUCUAUUUAUAGGCUAUGAUCAUCAUGAAUUUCCUUAAAUGAUGCCCGUGGCAUCCCUAUCAAAGACCAUCUUUGUCAUCUGCUUGAAAUACAUGGCCAAAUUGUAAUCGAAUCGCAUUGCACCUUCAAUUAGUUUAUUUAUCCUAUUAUCUAUCAUUAUACCUGUCUUUAUUUUAAAAAUGACGUUCUUUCAUUUCUCGUAGGAUAUCUCAAGAUGCCUUUUAUGGGUGCAGCGUUAUCAUCAAACAUGGCCCAUUGUUCAUACAAAUCCAUUGGUUGAGCCAAAUGACUUAUUGAUUUUGGACAAAAUAAAGGAGGCAUGCUGUGUGAUAAGGGUUCGUUUACUUAUAGAACCUCUCUCUCUUUUAUUCUUUGGAAUAUUGUGCUUAGAAGUCAUUUUUUGUUUUAUAAACCAGCAACCAUUAUUGAACUAUUUUUUACGGUAAAUUUAUCUUUCAUUUUUGUUAUUUUAGUCGAUUUAGUUUCUCAUACAUCUUCGAUUUCCUCUUGUUUAUCCAAAAAUUACCAACACCUUCAUCUGUUAUCUCUCACCCUCUUCCUUUUUUCAAGUUUUUAGGAGGAACAAAAUAAUUUUGUAUUGGUGCUGGUAGCACACACUUACUCAUAUUUCCUGAGAAAAAUACUUAGACGACCGUUUUGACGAAACUAAGUCUCAGGGCAGCCGUAUACCAUUUUAUUUUUUCCGUUGUCUUAUUUUCCAAUUACAGGAAGGGGAUGUGGAUGGUAUGGCUGUACUUCAUUCUAAUGAGGAAGCUAAGUCUGGAUCUUUCAAUAUCAGACUAUCUGCUCUCAAUGUAUGCGUUAGUUUUCUAAUGCUCAAUUUUCACACUCACUGUCUUCAAUUUCAAAAAUAAUUUAGUUUUCUAAUGGGAUUUAUCUGUUGCGUUGUUGUUCUAAUUUAUGAAGGUGUACUAUGAUGCCUCAUUAAAUAAUAUUAUAUGAUUCGUCAGAUUUUGCAUACUCCUUCAUGAGUGUUGACUAUUAUGUCGUCUCCUUUUCCCCAUUUUUAAUUAUUAUCUAUGUUGCUUUUGUCAUUUCAAUGAUUGAUAGCGCUUGACCUGAAUUUAUAAAAAAAAUUAUGAUCGUCCACAUUCUAUAUCAUAAUGAGACACAUUCAGGGGGUACUUCGAAAAAUAAUGUCAUGCUUUGUACAUGAUAUUUGCAGUUACAAUAUCAGAAACAUUGUAGAAGUACUUUGGAAUUCCAUUGAUCACUGAUUUAGAGAAUAUGCGCAAUCUACUUGCUAUUUGACUAUUGAUAAAGUAUCCAUAAGAGCCCCUCCAAGAUAUUUCACACUAUGAAGGUAUUUCAGUGUACAUCAUUAAUCAUAUUAUUCAUGUCUAAUUGAUGACUUUUUUACUUGAUAUUCCUGGAUUUUUGAACUACUAACUUUAUUAAGGUUCAAUUUCGAGUUUUUUUGGAUUUCAUAUUGACUUUUCCCCUGAUGUAAUUGAAACUUGGGAAAAGUUAUCGGAUAACACAAUUUUAUAUGACUAGAUGAUCCUUUCAGUGCUCUUUUUUAGACGAGUAAGUCAUGAUAACUAGAGAAAGAAGUGUGACAUACAAGAAUAUACUAGUUCAAUGGUAGAUGAAAUUCUUGAGCGAUAAUGAAGCUGCGUAAGAAUCAUCGAAACUUGAAAUUAGACAGCUUUUAGGACAACUGGUAAUGGUUGUUGUGGGAAAGAAAAUAAAGGUCUAAGGAAAUAAUCUGCUUGGCAACUUGGAGUAAACAUGCACCUAUUCGAUGGAUAUGGGAGAAAGGGUGACAAGUCAAGUUUAUUUGUGGACGAAAAGCUAAGAACUCUUUGUCAUCGUACUUGUUCAGUGGCCAAUGGAUCUCAGGAUCUCAACAUGGCAUCCUUGAUGGAAUUCUCUCUUUCUAGUUAAUUAACUCGUUAUGUAUCCUCUCAUAUCCGUGAGGGAAAUUAUUACUUAUAUGGUUCAAAUAAUAAUGUAACAUUUCAGAGAAUUUAGUGGUUGUGUUGUCUACACAGUGCCUUAAGGUCCUUCUACGAUCCUAUUAAUUCAAGAUAAUACGUAAAGGUACAAUUUCCUCAUUCUCAUGUGUGAGGUGUUUGCUUCAUUUCUUGACUAACUCAGUUAUGCUCUGUAGAUUUACCAGUACGAUUUUUUAUUUAAUAUAAGACUAUGCAUUCACAGAAGCAUAAAUUAUACUACUGUUCUUUGUUUCUAAACAGUGUGCUCAGUACUUCAUUUAUUCUAGAUUCUGAAUGAUUUUUUGGAAGUCUAUUCAUUUGCAUAUUCUGCUGGUCAUUGUUCAUCAAAUGGGAAACCAACUUGAUUCUCUUCAAUGACAAAAAAAUUCAAGGUUUAUUCUUAAAAAUUCUAUCGACAGGUUCCACCGAUGGGAUUAUUCUAUCCGAGGAUUUUGAUACCAGAAGAAUAUCCCCCGCCUCCCCGCUCGUGGUGAUUUACACAGCUGUCAAUUUAGUGCCAUUUUUAACAUUGGAUGUAUGUAAUAUUUGAUUAGCUUGUAAGUUAUUGUUUGCCACCAGGUUCAAUGACAAUGAGGAUAUGCUUGAAGAUACAUGGCAUGUGGAGUUACCCAGAAGACCUGACUUCUCUGAGAGCUCAUUUCUUGGCAUGAAUAAUAGUCAAAUGAUGUAUGAUAACAAUUUGUUCUUUCCUACUCGCAUCAAGGAGGAGGAAAACCUUGGCCUUGCUGAGGCAAUUACUAGAAGCAUUCUUUCAGCAGGUGUGCUUUGCCUUUUCUUUGGAAGUAAAGGCUUUAUUUGUGAUCCCCAAAAUAGUUGCUUACAAUUGAUGGAUUUGCAGGACGUCUAGAGCUUCAAAGAAAGUUGUUUUGUAGCAUACAAUUGGUGGGUUAUAAAAAUAUUUUGUAGAAAUAUGACGGAAGACAUUAAAGUCUGGAUUUAGUGACGACUUUUCAAUGUUUCAGAUUGGUGGGGUAGCUUUGACUAAGGAUCUUGUUGCUGCAGUUGAAGAAAGGUACUCCCAGAGAGUUAAUUUCUAUUUUUUUAAGUUAUUUUUGUUCCCCGUGUUUGUUGCUUGGUGUUCUGGAGUUCUUAUUUCAACUUUAACAUACACUGCCUAAAGAUUUACCUCGCAAUUUCUUGCAAGCAAAUGUCUUGAACAUUUCUAACUUGAUCUCCUGUUUUUGCCUAUAUUUUUUGUAACUUGUGUUUCCUUUAUCCUCUAGUGAUGACUUUCAUUCUUUAUACCAAGGAAACAAAUAUCCUCUACUCUAGAUUGAUUGGAUUAUACUUUUAAGUGGGUUCGGCUUUUAUGAGCUGGACUAGGGUUUAGAAAAUCCAUGUCACAAUACCCGUUUGAAUUAUUACAUGGACAAUCAUUUAGAUCACAUGUAACUUAGCCUCUAGGGUUAAAGAUCGGGAUGAUUAAUGGCACAGAUCUUCCCAGAACUACCCGAGUCGUAUGCUGAUUUGCACUGAUACACAAGUACCUAAGUAGGAUCGUUUAUUAUUGUUACAUCUCAAGCUGCGAACUUGUUAUUGCCUUUUUUUUGACGAGGAAACCAUGUUAGCUCUCGUUUAAUUUAGUCUGGUACAUCAAUGAGCUAAGUUAACGCUACUUCUUCAUCAUCUAAUCGUCCCCUUGAAUGUAUGUUACGAUAUUUCUUGGCAGUGAUACUCGUUUAAUCCAACCCUUGAACAUAAUGACAUUAUGCUACACAGAGAUAUGGAGGAUCAAGAACAUUUGAAAUUACCUGACCAUGCAAGCCUCAUUCAACACGACGGCCAUAAAACAAGGAGUAAUAUAAACGAUCUGGUCCUGUAAUAAUGUUGCAAAUGUGCCAUGAAUGUUGCAAAACUCUCAUGCGAUUUUCGUUUUCCUCUCAAUAUUGUUAAUUGCUAAGGGAGGCAGUAAGGACCGGAGAACCAAAUGAUCUGAUAAAUGAAAAGGUUGGAUUUUAUAUUGUGUUCUAAACUUUGUCCAAUAUUACUUUGCUACAGAGUUUUGCAUACAAUUCCACCAAAUGAAGCCAUUGACACUGUGGAGGUUAGUUCAUUGCCUCCUUGCUACAUGCUGCAUUGCUUUGAAUGACUGAUAAUGAAAUGUAGUAUCAUGUGAUCAGCACAUUGCUGCCCAGAUAAUUUUUCAAUUAAGGGGGGUGUUUAUCUCUCUUCAUGCCUUCAAGCAUCCUCUAAUUACGACUAAACUGAUCGUUUGGUCCUUCCUUAUCAGGCAAUGUUUCUAUUUUUUUAUGCUUUCAAGGAACAACGUCCUCUACUUCAAUGCUUAUUAUAGCUGACACGUCAGUUAUUGAAUAAUAUUGGGGAAGAGAAUUGAUUUAAUGGAGCAGGCUUAUAAUGUAUGAGGUGGGGGAUGGAAAGAGUAGAUUAUGGGUGAGAGAGACAGAGGGGUGAUCAUAGAAAGAAAAAGUCAGGUACUGAUCACAUAAUGAGAAUGGGGAUGUGCCCGCCGCCCUUCAUACUGGGACUGCAACUAACGUUUUAUCAGUGGAUUAAGGUCAAAACCUUUGCUAAUGGGCCAUGCCUGUAACACCACCCUCCCCUCCAUCUAGAUGCUCAGGGAGCUAGAAUACUUUGGACAAAUAAAUAAAAAAAAUCAAGGAAAAUGGUCCAUUUAAUUCACAUAAACGAAAUCUUUCCUUGCCCAUAAUGAGUUCAACUAAUGUCAUCAGGGUUCAGCUGAUUUGGUCAAAGUUUGGUCCACUAGUUGACAGCAGCAACCGUUUGUAACCCCUUUUCUUGCGCCGGAAUUUGUUCGUCAGCAUCUCAACAGAAAAAUAAAAAAUGAAAGAACAUGGAUUAAUUAACAAGGCUCUGAUAUGAUUUAUUUCGAAUAUAUAUACUGAUCAAGCAGUCUCCUCUCCGGUUUGUCCAUUGUAUAAUAUUAUUAGAUUUUUGUUAUCUAGGAAUCCAGUAUGUAUUAUUGGAUUAUUUGCCCUUAUUUGUUAGCUUUUUUGCUUUCAUGUGCGCGAGAAAGUCUCCUAGCAGAGUAGCUUUUAUCAUUUGAAUUUCUUUUUUGUUUUGCGCUGAACAAUAGAAUCAUGUUCGAAUGAGCAGGUCUUGCAAUCGAGGGUGGAUCCAUCGUUCGUGUCAUGGAAAGGUGGUGCGGUAAGAUUAUUCUUGGCAUCUUGUUAUUUUCGUGCAGUUCGCAUGAACCCUAAUAUUUCUCAAGCAAAUCGUGCCUGAUCACGUCUCACGUCAUUGGUCGGUCUGUUCCAACCUCCUUCAACGCGAGAGAUGACAUCAGAUCAGGCCUUAUUUCGGCUCGAGGUUUAUUUAUUAAGUAUUAAUUAAUUUCCGUUUCCUGCAUUUGCUCCUGUUGAAAAGUGAUCAACUUCUAUCAAGUUCUCCAGCCGUCUGCUCAAAUCAAUCCAACCCAAGGAAAGCCGAGUAGAGACUAGAGCACUGGUUCUUCUCACCACAUCUUCUACACCAGCUUAGGCCCGCAAGGGACCAAACCUUAACCUGAUUCUUCAUCUUUCCAAGUCAUAUGUAGUCUCUGGAAGAAAUGCGAGCGCGCUUUGCACCGUCCCCCCCAUCCAUCCAACUCUGGUUGGUUGGCAUUUCCUAAGAGCUAAUUUUUUUAAUUGCAUUAGUAGAUGCUGUUUGCUGCCACGGUUGUGUUGCCCAUAUCCAUCCAUGUUCUUAGCAUCUUCCAAGGAAAAAAAAUAAAUCCAUAUCAGUAGUGUGUGUGGCCCAGUCGGUUAAUCUGAUUUCGUCGCAGAUCCUCGGCGUUCUGGACUUCGGCCGCGAGACCUGGAUUCACCGCGAGGACUGGAUCAAGAGCGGCAUCCACAUCGGCAGCGGCAGGAAGUACAAGGACUCGUAUUAUCUCCAAGCUCAAGCGAUGGCCUUCAUCAACUCCUAA